AGCAGCAGCAGAAAGCAGAAAGCAGAAAGCGGAGUCUGAAAGUCACAGAAGAGAGUAAGAGAUCGAAUUCAAGGUUUGUUUUCAUGAAAAUGGUGCAAGAUCAACAAGAAAUCAGAAAGGGCCCAUGGACAGAACAAGAGGAUUUCCAAUUGGUGUGCUUUGUGGGCUUGUUUGGAGACCGACGUUGGGAUUUCAUAGCCAAAGUUUCAGGUUUGAAGGUGGCGGGAGACAAAUAAUAGGUCUGAACAGAACCGGCAAGAGUUGCAGGUUAAGAUGGGUUAAUUACUUGCAUCCUGGCCUUAAAAGAGGCAAGAUGACCCCUCAAGAGGAGCGCCUGGUGCUUGAGCUUCACUCCAAAUGGGGAAAUAGAUGGUCAAGAAUUGCUAGAAAGCUACCUGGGAGGACUGAUAAUGAGAUUAAGAACUAUUGGAGGACUCAUAUGAGGAAGAAGGCUCAAGAGAAGAAAAGGGCUAUGUCUCCAUCAUCACCAUCUUCUAACUGUUCGUCUUCAUCAAACAUCACCACCAAUGAAGGAGGAGCAAGCUUUUAUGACACCGGUGGGGUUGAGAUCAUGGCUACAUCAGCAGAGAAGAAAUAUAUCAACGGUGGAGAUCAAGCGAAAAAAGAUGGUAAUGACACUGCUGCGAAAAGGGACCAAAAGGAGUAUUCACUUGAUGAUAUAUGGAAAGAUUUGCCAGAAGUGAACAGUAUUGAACCGGUUUAUAAUGGAAGCUAUGCUGAGGAAGCCUGCAAAUUUUCAUGCCCCUUAAUGACUCCUCCUCCUCCUCCACUGACAUGGGACUCUCUGUUUAAAAUGGAUGAAGAGCAUGAGAGUAAGAAUAUGUUUCUGCCUACUACCCCAAGUGACAAUCAAUUCCUGUCCUGUUUUGAUUAUGGAAAGACAUCGUCGUCUCUAACUGGCUGAUUUAGGAUUCUAUUUAUUAAGAUUUGUUCAUAUGUGAAAUAGUCUGGUACACCCAAGGAAGCUGUAACCUGUAUAAUUCCAGCAUGGGUAUGGAGACAUCUAAGCUUCUCGGAGCCAGUCGCGGUCUGCAUCAUGAGCUGGAGAUCACUAGCUAGUAUAUGCAUUACUUUACGUACGCAGUAGUUCUUGUGUCCUCUUGUAAUCUUGUGUGUUUUGAAUUUUCAGUGAGGAAGAAAAAACUUCAACUUUACCAUGAGUGCUUGAUUGGUACCGAUCACAUUAGUACGUACACAAUGGAAGUAUUGUAUACAUGUACGCACGUCUUUCAGUUAAUUUUAGAAUCAAGCUAG